GAAGUAGGUCUAAUUUUGAGGGCGGAGAAUAGAGCGCACAUCCACGCGACACAUACAGUUAGAAGAGGGCGGAGAAGUCCAUCUUUUGAGCGACCUAAUAUGAGUGAUUUGAGGAUUGUUUUGCUGGGGAAGAAUCCAACAGAAAACAGCAGAGUGGGAAACUUCAUCUUAGGAAGAGCAGCGUUUAAAAGUGAAGUACCACCAUCAGAUGCAAAACUGCACAUUAAGAAAGAAAGAGGAAACCUUGAGGACAGAGAUGUUACAGUCGUCAAUGCUCCUUAUCUGCUGCAAACAAAUCUGUCAUGCUCUGUCAUCACACAUGGAGUGAAAGAGUGUGUGAAUCUGUCUGCUCCUGGACCUCAUUUGAUCGUACUUGUACUGCAGCAGACCGACUUCAGCAAGACGAGCAACAAAACAGUGAAAUAUGUGCUGAAUGAAUUCAGUGAGGAGGCUCUUAAACACACUAUAGUGUUCACUAAUGAGGAAGAGAUACACAAUAACCGUAUUCAUCAGUUAAUAAUGAAGUGUGGAGGUGGACAUCUUCAGUUUGAUGAACAAAAGUCAGGAUGGCAUUCUGAGAUACUUGAAAGCGUGGAGAAGAUACUCAAGAAAGAAGGGGUUAAGUUUCUUAUUUGUGACUUGUAUGAGGAAGCAGAAGGAAUAUCAGAGGAUGAAGAGCAGAGCAGAUCUGGAGGUUCAGUCACAGCAGAAGAGGGAGAUUUUGAUCACAAAGAUGAUGGAGCAAUCAACAAGUGCAACAAAGAGAAAAAGGAAGUUGCUCUCCAAAGGAAUACCUUAUUGGCAGAGGAUGUCAACAUGUUAUCAAAGCUGAAUGUGGUUCUGUGUGGGAGUGACAGAACAUUAAAAUCCUUCAUAUCAAACCUCAUCCUGAACCAGAGAGACAACAGAUCGGAGCUCAGAGAGUGUGUGAAGAUGGAGGGGGAAGCUGAUGGACGUCUGAUCACUCUGGUGGAGCUUCCAGCUCUUACUCAGCUCUCAGAAAAGGAAGUGAUGCGUCAGACUCUGCGCUGUGUGUCUCUCUGUGAUCCUGGAGUUCAUGUGUUCCUCUUCAUUGUUUCUGAUGGUCCGCUUACUGAUGAAGACAAAACAGAAACAGAGGAGAUCCAGAAAAUAUUCAGCUCAAACAUCAACAACCACAUCAUGGUGGUUAUAAUCCAGAAGUCAAAGCACAAGACAGAGGAACUAAAUGAAGAAAUUAAGUCUGUCAUUGAGCGUUUUGGGGGAAGGCAUCAUUUCCUUGCGCCAAACACACACGCUUCCAUGUUGGUGACUAAUCUGGAGCAGAUGGUGGAAGAAAAUAGAAGAAUUUGUUUCUCCACAGAAACAUUUUUGGAUGCACAAAUAAAGAAAAAUGAAGAAAUGAGGAAGAAAGUAAUCUCAUUAGAGACACAGACCCAGCAAAAAGAUUCAGUAGAGGCUUCAGAUGACCUGAGGAUUGUCCUGCUGGGAAAAACUGGAGUUGGAAAGAGUGCAACUGGAAACACCAUUUUAGGACAAAAAUUAUUUAAAGCAGAUGUGUCACAAGAGUCAGUUACUAAAGAGUGUCAGAGAAAAACAGCUGAAAUCGAUGGCAGACAAAUUACUGUAAUUGACACUCCAGGACUGUUUGAUACUAAGUUCAGUCGAGAAGAGAUUCAGAGAGAAAUCACUGAGUGCAUCUCAAUGAUUCUGCCAGGACCACAUGUGUUUCUGUUACUGAUACCAGUGGGACGUUUCACUCAGGAGGAGGAAAACACUGUGAAGAUCAUUCAAGAGACUUUUGGUAAAAACUCAUUAAUGUUCACCAUGGUGCUCUUCACCAGAGGAGAUGAUCUGAAGAAGACCAUUGAAGAGUAUCUGGGAAAACCUGAUUCUGCUUUGAUGAAGCUCAUUGAACAGUGUGGAAACAGAUACCAUGUGUUUAAUAAUAACAAAACUGGAGACUGUGUGCAGGUGUCUGAACUACUGAAGAAAAUCAGUGACAUGGUGGAAGAAAAUGGAGGGAGUUACUACACAUGUAAGAUGUUCAGACAGAUGGAAAGAGAAAAACAAGAAGCACAAAUGAAGACGAUAAUGGAUGAAGUGGAGAAACUGAACCAAAAGAGAGAAGAACUCCUGGCCAAACAUGAAGAAGAGAAAGAGAGAAUGAAGAAGAUGUUGGAGGAAGAAAGACAGAUUCAUGAUGUAGAGAGGAAGAGAAGAGAAGAGGAAUUAAGAAAGAAAGAAGAACAAUACAAAAUAGACAUGAAAAAUGAACAAGAGAAAUGGGAGAAAAAGAUAGAAGAGGAAAAACAGAGAACAGAAGAAUUUGAGAAAAGGAGGGAGAAAGAACAACAAACGUGGAAUGAAAAUUACCAGAAACUUAAAGAAGAAAAAGAUGAAAUCAAAAGAGAAAAAGAAGAUAUUCAGACCAAACAUGAAGUAGAAAUAAAAGAGAUGAAGUUAGAACAACAGAAACAAGGUGAACUAAUGAGACUAAAAUCAGCAGACUAUGAAGAAGACAGAAGAACAGACAUGGAGAACAUAAAAAUGUGCUGCUCCCAAACAGCCUCUUCUCUACAGAAAGAUGAAACUAGUCAAAUCCAAAAGGUUGGACCAAAAACCAAUGAACAGCUCGAAGGACUCUAUGAUAGACUAGAUCUGACAAAAAGACGGCAAGGUAAAAUGCAAACAGCCGGCAUUCUGGAAAUCACUAGGUCAUCAUUUCAGUCUCAGGAACCACAUGAAGAGCAUGAACUUGUAAACUCAUUUCUACAAAAGUUAAUGAACAUGGACUACAGAGCAAGAUACACUGUCAUAAAACACACAAAGAAAGAGGGUAAAGAAGACAGUGCAAAUUACAGCCCUGAUAUUCACCCAAUGGAUGUUCAGAUGGCUGUGUUUCAUUGUGCUGAUGGUUUCCUGAAGCAGCUGAUGGUGACUAAACUCUCACAGUGUCAGUAUGCGCUGCCUCUGCUUGUUCCUGAUCUAUUCACACAACAGAUUGAGUUUCCUCUCUGGACAUUUAGACAAAUCAACAAGAGCUGGAAGAUGAAGAACAGCAACAAUGAGAUCAUCAGUCAAACCCAGCCGGUCUACAAGGCUGAGACUUCAAUGGUGGCUUUCUUCAGGUUUGGCUCUGUGUCUUCAUCUAAAUCUCAGCUGAUGAACAGCCUCAUCAAUGAGAAACACCACACGUUCUUCCACAGGAACUGCCCAGGCAGCAGCAGAACCAGGUUACUGAUGGAUGGAGUGGUGGAGAUCGCCUGGUACUGUCCUUCUGGGAAAAAUACAGACACAUUUGAUGACUGUGUUGCUUUCUGUAAUCUUCAUGGUGAUGCAGGAGACAAUGAGAAACAAUAUGAGAUUCUGACCAGUAUGGCUUCAGUAAACGUCCUCUUCUUACCAGAUUUCGGACAGAAGAACCACUACAAAGGUUUGGUGAGAUCACUCUUCAGAUCUCCUCAGCCUCUCAUUUGUCUGCUCACCGAUAAUGACUGUGAUAAAACUGAACUGGGGAAUGAAAAAAUCAUAGUUGGUCUUUUGGACAAAAACCAAUCUGAUAUAUCUAAUCAGAUUAGGGAGACUAUCAGGGAGAGUUUGACCAAGCAAAAAAAGACCUUCAAACUUGAAGAUGUGGCCGAACGCACAGGAAUCAGAGUAGAUGAGGGGGAUCCAGAGUGCCAGAGAGGAAAACAAGCAGCAGAUCAGAUCAUGGGUUUACUGAGAGGAAAAGAUCCAUCAACAGUGAAAGAAACAAUCCUGCCCUGUCAGGGGAAACUGUGGCAUGUCUGGUGUGAAAUGAACAAAGAGCUACAUCAUCUACAAGGAGAAAAUUUAGAGGAAGAUAAAAGCACCAAACAGAUGAUUAUGAGAGAGAUAAGAGAAAAACAAGUAAAAAAGGGAUUGGGUGAGUUUAUGAGGAAAUAUAUUGAUAUAAUGAAAUCACAGGGAGACAAUGAAAAAAACUAUUUCCUCAGAUGGAUGAUGAACCUGUUGAAUGACUUCACUUCAGAAAAGCUCUGUGGACUUCAUAAGGAGUAUCACAAGAAAUGGCAUCAUCAUUUAUCAUUGAAAAAGAUGCCUGACAAACUAGAUCAACUACAGAUUGAACAAACAAACCUGGAAAACAUAUCAGAGCAAAUUAAUAGGACAAGUUUUGGCUUGGAGCACAUCCUGAGAGAGUUUGGUCAGAUCUAUGAAUCAUGGUCAUCUGUGAAGAAGAACAAGGAAGGUUUGCAGUUUGACUUCUGUUCUCUCCCGAGUCUUGCAGCAGAGAUGAUGAUCUCUGGAUUUCCGAUGGAGCUGAUGGAUGGAGAUGCUGCUCAUAUUCCUCUCACCUGGGUCACUGCUGUUCUAGAAGAACUUGUUAAGAAACUGGGAGACCAGAAACUCUUUGUGCUGUCAAUAUUAGGGAUUCAGAGCUCUGGGAAAUCCACCAUGCUGAAUGCCAUGUUUGGACUCCAGUUUGCGGUCAGUGCUGGCAGGUGCACCAGAGGAGCUUUCAUGCAGCUGAUCAAAGUGUCUGAGGAGAUGGAGUUUGACUACAUUCUGGUUGUUGACACUGAGGGACUUCGUGCACCAGAACUGGCUGGAAGGUCAUCAACACAUCGUGACAAUGAAAUGGCCACAUUUGUUGUUGGUCUUGGAAACAUGACCCUGAUCAAUAUAUUUGGAGAAAACCCAUCUGAGAUGCAGGACAUUCUUCAGAUUGUUGUCCAGGCUUUCCUGCGGAUGAAGAAGGUUAGACUGAAUCCAAGCUGCAUGUUUGUGCAUCAAAAUGUCUCAGAUCUCACAGCUGGAGAGAAAAACAUGGAGGGAAGGAGACGACUGCAAGAGAAACUGGACAAUGUGACAGAACUUGCUGCUAAAGAAGAAGUCUGUGAUGCAGAAGGUUUCAGUGAUGUGAUUGCAUUUGAUGUCCAGACUGAUGUGAAGUAUUUUGCUCAGCUCUGGGAGGGCAGCCCACCCAUGGCUCCACCAAACCCAAACUACUGCGAGAACAUUCUAGAACUAAAGCAAACUAUUCUAACACAUGCUUCAAAAUCAGACGGCAUAAUGCUGACACAUCUAAGACACCGUAUUCAUGAUCUCUGGGAGGCUUUGCUUAAUGAACAGUUUGUGUUCAGCUUCAAAAAUUCUCUGGAAAUCAUGACAUACAAGAAACUAGAGACAGAAUACAGAAAGUGGACCUGGAGCCUUCGGAGUGCCAUGCUGGAAAUCGAAAACAAACUUCACAACAAAAUAGAAAAUGAAGAAAUUCAUAAUGCUGAGCAAAUUGACCUUCAAAGAGAACUAAAAGCAAAAAGUGAAGAAGUGAAAAAGACAAUGUCUGGUUUCUUUGAGAAAGACAGAGAUGCAGGUAUACUGAAGCAGUGGAAAGCUUCAUUUGAAAUCAAAAUCAAAGAUGUUCAAGAAAACAUUGUGAGGGAAACUAAGAGGAAAUUAAAUGGAGUUCUUCAGCAGCGUCACAUGAAGAAAAAGAUGGAGGCUGAGAGGACACAUCAUGAAAACACUCUCUUUGAAAACAGCAAAGAACUUGCCCUAAAAUUGAAAGGAAAAGCAAAUGAUGAAAAUGUCAUGAAAACACAGUUUGAUUCCUUAUGGAGACAACAGACGGCUGCGAUCAUCAGAGACACUCCUUUAGUCAAAAAUAUUGACAUAUUAAGAGAUGUGAAGAAGCUACUUAAUGAGACCUAUGAAAGUCUCCCCUUAGACCAUAUGGAAGACAGCAGUAACUACAAAGAUAUGAUCUGUUUGCCAAGCUAUUCAGAAUAUGUACAGUUGAAGAAAUCCAGUGGAAUUAUGGGAUCUAUCAAAAAUAUCUGCAAAAGAACUAAAAAGAUGUUCGGUUCUUUUUUAUCUAAAGAGGAUGAAGUCCAGAUAAGAGACUUAAUCACAGACAUCACUGAGCAGACAAAUAAAAUGAUUCAGUCAUUUAACAUUGCAAAGAUGGGCUACAACAAUAGCUACAUUCAUCAACUCAUGGAUUGCAUAAAGGCAAGAUUAACACAGGAUGAAGAUGGGCCAAAAGUGAAAUAUGUGUUCAAGAGUGAAUUCUUCGUGGAUCUGGUAUUUUGCAUAUUCCAUAAAACAAAAAAGACAUUCACAGAUCAAUACAAAAUGUUCAGGGAAACCAAUGAUCCUGAUGUCUAUUUUAAUAGAAAGCAUGAAGAGUACUACAGCAUUUUCCAGAAAUACUGUCAAGGAGCAACAUCAACUGCUAUUUUUGGUGAAUUUGUUUGUAAUAAACUCAAAGAGCCCAUUCAGCAGAAUGUCUACAAAAAAACUGCCAGAGAUUUAGCAGAUGAAAUGAGGACCAACUGUGAAUCUCUAAAUGGGAACCGAUCAAACCUGGAGAAACACAUCCUGAAAACACUGGCAGAAAAACAGGACUUCAAAGCAUACAUGACAUACAUUAAAAAUCCCAAAGAACACUUCAAGAAUUUCAUCAGAGGUGAAGUCAGUCAGUACAUCACUGAACGAUUUGAAGAUAGUGUUAAACUCAAGAUGCAAAACAGCAUUAAACUCCUGGAGCAACAGAUCACAGAGGCAGCACAAGAAUCCAGCAAACAAAUUAACGCUAAUUCAUGGUUGCAUCAUUUCACACAACAGCUCUCUGAUGUGCUGAUAUUCUCUGUGAAAGACCUCACUGGAGUGAAUCAGGAUGAUGUUGAAGUCAGCUUCCUAGAAGAUGUGAUAAAGAAAGAACUUCCUUCAAUAAUAUCUGAAAUAAUCAGAAAAUUCAGCACAGAAACUUUUCCAGAUAAACUGGAACACAAAUACAGACCAGAUGAGAUUCUGAUUGAUCACCUCUGUGAUUGCUGUUGGGUUCAGUGUCCUUUCUGUGCAGCUAUCUGCACAAACACAAUAGACAACCAUCCUGGAGAUCACAGUGUGCCUUUUCAUCGUAAUAAUGGACUGAAUGGGUGGUUUUACAGAGGAACAACAAACCUAGCUAUCAACAUCUGCACAUCAGCAGUAGCCAGCGAUCGAUCUUUUUAUCCAAAUAGUUCAGAUGAUGUCAAAGUUCCCUGGAAGGAAUACAGAAAAGGAGGUCCUAAAUAUGCUUCAUGGAGCAUCACCCCAGAUCUCUCUGAGCUGCCGUACUGGAAGUGGUUUGUGUGCAGAUUCCAAACAGAUCUGGAAAAUCACUAUAAAAAAAACUAUCAGGGGCAUGGCAAGAUCCCAGAUGAAUGGAGAAAAUACUCUCAAGAGGAAGCUACUGAGAGUCUGAAUAAAUACAUUUAGGAAACAAUUUUCAAAGACUCUGAUACAAAGACAGUUGAAAUAAAUACCUAUUUCACAGACUCUGUUCAGAGACAUGUCGCUAUGAGAAAUGCAAUUUACUAUUAUGUCCAGAAGCAUGCAAAGUUGAAUAUUGCACUUCAAGAUUCACGAAUAAGCCCACCUUUUGAAGCAGACUUGGUUUUGAGCUUAGAAGAAAACAUUCAUACUAAAUAAACCAAACUCUGACAAGAACUAGACUUAUGUCUGCACCAAAAGCUCUAGUGUGAAAGCACAUGUUGUAAGAAAUGCUUUUUGCCUGGUUGAAAUUUAAACAAUGAUCUGCUUGCCUAUAUUUAAUCAGUUCAAAAUAAUACUCCAUGUUGGACAUAAUAUACCAUAUAAACAAAUUUGCUUGGUUUGGAAAGACAAGACUUACUUUAGUAAUAUAGCCUAAAAUAUAAACAAAUGGGUAAAAAUGAUCAUGAUGUAUGCUGUAUGCAUGACUUUGUUUCCAAUUAAUUUGUUAAUUUGGGUGUUUAUUGUCAUCUGUGUUUCAUUCAUAGGUCCUGUAUGAUGAACAGUGACAAAUAUUGAUUAUGUUUAGAUAAGCUUGCAUUUUUGCAUCUAAAACACAAAGUACAGCGACAGCAGAGAUGUUAUAUAGAGAGAACACUAAAUAUGGCCUAAUGUGUAUCCACAAUAAACAUCUCAUCAUUGAAAAUAUUUUUGCAUGUUUUAAUAAAAUAUAUAAUAAGGUUGAAUAAAGUGAUGAGUGCAUUUUUAGCACGCAUUGUUUGUUAUUAAAACUUAGAUAUUGAAAAAAAUAAUAAUAAUCUGUCAUUUAUUUUCAAUUCAGUUGUUAAAAAACUUUCAACAUAAAAUAUAUUUUUUGUGAUCAACUUUUUUUUUCUUUUUUUUUAAAUCAACAAAACAACAUCCACACAAACAAACAACAGGGAGGGGGGAACCAUAACAAUUUAAAUUUCCACAAGAAUCCACGAGUCCACAGACCGACAACAAUUGGACAUUACCAAAACAUGUGGAGAAAAGAAAAAGUUAUAGGUCGAUUGCAGUUUCAGUUUAAACCUCUUGUAAGGAGUUAUGUAUGCUCUAUGGAUGACUUUGAAGUGAAUAAGACGAUGAGCCAAGUUUUUAGAAGUUAAGAUUAGAUUAGACCACACCCUCUCCCAGUCGACCAAUAAAUCAAAAUCUGUUAAUUCACGAUUCCAGAUAGAUUUAAUAGAAAGAGACUUUGCAGUGUGACCAUUAAGUUUACUAUAUAUUAAAGAAACAGAUGGCCGACCAGAGGGUGGUGCGAUCCAAUCCCAUAUUGGAUGAGAGGAAAUAGGGGAUGCCCAGGGAACUCCAUAGGCCUUGAGAGCAGAACGUAACUGAAAAAAGACAAUAUAUGAUGAUGCUGGUAAACAAAACUUAGUUCUUAGUUCUAGAAGUGAGCAGAGUCCCUGGUUAUCAUAUAAGUCACCGCAUGUGUUUCUGGCCAAUGUAGACCAAGAGGGCUGGACAAAUGGCCGAUUUCAACAUAACAAAUUAAAGUUGUGCCAUAAGGGUGUGUUGUUACAAAAUUUGAAAGGUCCUCCCAUCAGACGUUCCACCCUUUUUAAGUCAAGUCAAGUCAAGUCAUCUUUAUUUAUAUAGCGCUUUUACAAUACAGAUUGUGUCAAAGCACUUAACAGUAUCAAAUUGGAGGAUAGAGUGUCAGUAAUGUAUAAUGAUAAGAUUAAACACUCAAUUUUCAAUUUUCAGUUAAAGGCAUUUCAUUAUUGAAUUCAGAGAUGUCAUUGUCUAGCUCAGUUUAGUUUAAAUAGUAUCUGUGCAAUCAAAUCGGCGAUAAUCGCUAGAAAUUAAGUGUCCCCAACUGAGCAAGCCAGAGGCGACAGCAGCAAGGAACCAAAACUCCCUCUGAGACAGAAUGGAGAAAAAAAAAAACCUUGGGAGAAACCAGGCUCAGUCGGGGGGCCAGUUCUCCUCUGACCAGACGAAACCCGCAGUUCAAAAGUUUAUAUUUCUAUUUUAAUUUUGUUGCAAUUUCUAACAAUAGUAGUAUUAUGUAGUUAGGUAUUUUAUUAUAUUUUAGUUAUUUUGUUAUUUUUGGUUGAUAUAUCUGGGGAUAUAUCUCUGGGGGUCAUCUGGGUGUCCUGGUCUCCGCUGACGAUCAGGGCUGUAGACAUCAUCUCUUGGUGCUGAUCCACCAUCUGAUCGGAUACGGACUGAGAAACAGACUAGGAAAGAAACAGACAAAUAUUAGCGUAGAUGCCAUUCAACUUACGAUGUAACGAGUACAUCGUGUGUUAUGGGGAGUGUUCCUGGUUCCGGUUGAUCUAAUUAAUGCAGCCUAACAAUCCUUUAACGGAUUUGAAUAAUAGAAGCAUAUUAGUGUGUUAUGUGUAAGCCAGGCUAAAGAGAUGGGUCUUUAAACUAGAUUUAAACUGACAGAGUGUGUCUGCCUCCCGAACAGUGUUAGGUAGACUGUUCCAGAGUUUGGGUGCUAAAUAGGAAUAGGAUCUGCCGCCCGCAGUCGAUUUAGAUAUUCUAGGUAUUAUCAAACGGCUGGAGUUUUGAGAAUGCAGCGGACGUGGAGGACUAUAAUGCGAUAAGAGCUCGCUCAAGUACUGAGGAGCUAAACCAUUCAGGGCUUUAUAAGUAAUUAACAAGAUUUUAAAAUCUAUCCGAUGCUUGAUAGGGAGCCAGUGCAGUGUUGA